UUAGCUGGUGAUAGAGAGAAAAAAAGGAAUAAACAAAUUAGUGACGUGAAAAAUGGUUAGGCAUUUCAGCAAGCGGUAUAGUUGUUAGAAAUACCCCGCCGUAAGAUUCUACGCUUUGAAAAGGAUGGGGAUGCUUCAGAAUCGAAGAACUUCUCGCUCAUUUAGCGACAUGCAUUACCAUUUUUUCUGCUGGGAUUUUGUGUCAGUACAUCAGUGGGAUGCAGCUUUUAAAGAAAAUUCCACAACAAAGGAAAUUGUUACUAGGACCAUGUUGCUUUAUGAUGCAGGUAUUUAGUUCAGUCCGUUCUUGGAGUUAUUUCUUUGUUAAGAGGAGUAGAAAUACGUGUGUAGUCAGGAAGGAGGAAUAGAGGUGUAGUGGAGUCUGAACAGUUUGUUGGGAGUGGCAGGACUGCUGCACUUAAUUGAUAUAGCACGUGAGGUUGGAUAAGCCAAGCUGGACGAGGAGCAAACUAGUUCAGGGACUGUUUAACUGCUUCAAACAUCGCCUAUACUGUUCCCACAUUCGUGAAACACAACACGCAUGUUCUUUCUACUGAGAACACAGGCACUGACUCAAUGAGACAGACUUGCCAAACGACCUAGAAAAGAGGAACAAAAUGGAGUAUCGCGUACACAUUGUUCAGCUGUUAAUACUAAUGAGUUGUCUCGCUACUGUGUUAUGCAAGGAACUUUCUUCAAGUGUCAAUCGCGAGUCGAUCCAGCGUCCCUAUACUAAAGAUGGGAAAUUGGUGGAUCCAUCUGAUCCUUGGUCUAGAAAGCGUUACCAUGCAGCUGACGUCCAUCCUCCGAAGCGCAUCAUGAAACUCAUGCAACAACUGUCCAAGAAUGAAGAUCUGUUGAAGGAACGAGGGAACACAGUCCGUAGCUACCUGCCGAAUCUGAGGUUUGCUUGCAAUGAACCAACCUACGUGUUCAGCAUAAAAUCACACAAGACUGAGAGCCUUCGCUCCGUGGAACUUCACUUCUUUGCUUCCAAACCCAGCAACCUGAUUGACUCGGAAUCGACCAUUGACAUUCAUUUACAUCUCAUUACCAAUACUUCAUCGGCAUGCCAGCCAAUUGGAGUGCAGCAACGACCAGCAAAAGCGCGUGGAUGGCAAGUCAUUGACGUCACAGCUCAGAUAGCUCAUCUCUUGAAGCCAAUCUUGGAGAGUGAAAAUUCACAGAUAACUGUGGGUGUUUCGUUUCGACUUCAAGAAACUGGAGGGUCGCAUGAUACAUCACGUGAGCGUACCACCAAUGAGAAAAUCAUGUCCAAUCACGCCCGGCCAUUCUUACUGGUGUAUGCUGAGGAUGAUGAUAGUAGUGGGAAUUCAGUGUUGCAGUGGACACAAGAGGGCGCUAAAACUAAAACCGCCCCAUCCGAGACGACCCAUCCUAUGGAGGCGCGAAGUCCUACACAGGUGCGAAGUCCUACACAGGUGCGAAGUCCUACACAGGUGCGAAGUCACACUCGACAUGCCCGUAGUGUCGAUGGCAAUGUUCAUUCCAUCAUGACCAAUGAGUUUCCUGAAGGAAGCACCAAUGUCGCACAUCAGGCAACCUUCCAGCACUUCAAUGAACAAGACUCGAAACGUCGUAAGGCCAAGAAACGCACGAGUAAGAAACGUAAACGAGUCUCCAAGAAGCAGCACCGAAAAGCUCCACUGUUAGAUCCUUCAAGCUCAGUGGUUGAAGACGAGUCUGAGGAACAAGCAGCCAUGAACGAUGACAGAGAUCAGAAUACCGUGUUACCAAUGAGUCCGAAUGAUGGGCCGUGCUCACGUCAUGCCAUGUUCGUCAGUUUUGAUACAAUCGAUUGGGAUGGCUAUGUCAUUGCACCGACAGGUUUUGAAGCUUUCUACUGCACAGGGGCCUGUAGCUUCCCUCUCUCAAAGACGGACAAUCCUUCCAACCAUGCAACCAUACAGAGCGUCAUGAGCGUAGCUGGUAUACAGGCCAAGAUACCUCCUCCUUGCUGUGUUCCUGAGAAACUCACUUCACUCUCCAUCUUAUUCCUGGACGAAAAUGAUAACGUGGGUUUGAAGAGCUACAAGAAUAUGGUGGUGGAAUCUUGCGGUUGCCGCUGAAGGCUGCAUUGAUUGGGGAUAAACGUUCGAUAGCCUAAUUAAAUCACAACACUUAUUAUAAGAUCGUUCGUUCAGCUAGUGAUGACUCUCAAAAUCCUACGUUAGUUGCGCACUUCUUUGUGUUUUUGUUGAGGAACACUCCAUAUACGUGCUGAAAAGAUUAGGGUUUUAAGACACUCUUCCACCAGGAGCUAUCGUUCCUAAAUUGUAACCCCGAACACAAUUUAACGAAUUAGAGAACUGGAGCAAUUGUGUUUCAUGUAUUAUUUUUUGUUAAUAUCACUGCCAUGCACAACUAUUGUGUUUAAAGUUUCUACACAAAAACUCGAUCUAAAUUUGGAUUCGGGGAUUUUCUGGUGCCAUGAUAUCAUAAGAAGAAAGGGUUAAUGGCUAAGAUGCUGUUCUAUGACCGUGCACCGGAAAGGGUGCUCUUUCAUUGUUCUUACACCAACAUAGAGUAACUUGUUGCUAUUUUUAACCCUAAAAUGGCCAUGUGAUUUCGACCAUCUCACAGCUGCUUCCCCCCCCCCCCAAGAUCUCGACCAUCGAGUGACGAAAAAUUAUUUAAAAACUCAACAUGAACAUA